AUGGAUAGUGAAUACCGACAUUUCCUUAAUAUUUGGAUGAAAGCACGAACAUCCGGAAAAUCGGAAGACAAUCAGUUAUUAAAGAAAUACGAUUUCGACCUUGAGGGUGUGCAUGCGGAUUUUCAUGCCAUAAAAAAUGAAAAUUUGUGGUAUCACCGCGCUGUUUCUGCGGAGGGUAGCCCCUUGUUGUUUUGUGCAGCGUGGUACGCUGUCCAUGCUUUUGGGCGACAUAUGCUUUAUCCAGGGUCAGUGUCACUUUUGAAUUGGCUGCUCAGUGGUAGUUUGCUGUCGGCAAGAAAUCUUAUGGUAUCCGCAAAGAACGGUCAAAGAGCUUGGCUUAGAAGCACUGAAGGAGAUUUGAUUGACACGAUGUUUAUCCGAGGGGAGGUUGGUAAUCCCGAAGAAAGGCACCGUACGCUCGUGAUUGCUUGUGAAGGUAAUGCUGGUUACUAUGAGAUUGGCAUAGCUAACACACCAGCUCAGCUAGGCUAUUCGGUGAGCUCCUGUCCUUUUUCCUACUUAUUUUUUUAUUACACAUUUCUUUAAUA